CUGAACUCGGCGCAUUCAAUUCGAGUAAACAAUUACGACGCGCUAGUGCUUGCAUCGAUAGAUGAUAGGAUAUGCACGACUACGAAGCUGUAUUUUUUAAGGACGGAAAAAUAGUACAUAAGUAUGUGCACAGACGAGGGAUCUCUCGUCUGUAGUAUAAGUAACCCAGAGGUAACUCAGAUCUACCUUACCCUCGUAGCAGAAAUACGUUAACGUACGAUAGUCAUGCGGCUGUACUCACGGAUGCUGAACAUCAGCAUCAAUCCAUCUCCGACGAUCGAAACGAAAGAUCGAAAUACAUUUCAACUUGGAAUAUUCUUAGGAUUCGGGGGGAUGGACCAUGAUAUUGACAUUAGCUGGCAUUACAUGUUGCCUGGGAUCUGCGGUGCCUACAGGAUUUAAUAUUGGAGUAGUGAACAAUGCAGCAAGUUUAAUAGAACAAUUUUGCAAUAAAAGUAUUAAAGAGAGAUACGAGGUGGACAUUUCUGAAAAUAGCCUGAAAAUAAUCUGGUCCACAAUUGUUUCGAUUUUUCUUAUUGGCGGUGUUACUGGUUCGUUUAUUGCCAGUUGGUUAGCAGACAGAUAUGGAAGAAAACCAACUCUUUGUAUUGGGAACGUAUUUGGUAUUGUAGGAGCUUUAAUGUUUUUUCUAAUACGUAAAUUAAAUUCGAUUGAACUUCUCCUAGCAGGACGAUUAGUUGUUGGUCUUUCUGGAGGUUUUGCUACAAGUAUAGUACCAAUGUAUAUGGCGGAAAUAGCACCACUUAGAUUAGGUGGUGCUGUGGGAGUAAUAUGCCAACUGGGAGUUACGUGUGGAGUGUUUCUGGGACAAAUUGCUGGACUCAAAACUGUCUUGGGGACCACAAACUCUUGGCAUUAUAUGCUGGCAGCCUUUGUUCCACUAUGCAUAUUUGCUUUAAUACUUACAUGUAUUGUUUUACCUGAAAGUCCAAAGUAUUUGUUUAUAAUUAAAGAGCAGAAACAAAAAGCUUUAGAUGAGCUGAGUAGACUACGUAAUAUGGAUGUAAUACUUUUGCAAGCAGAAGUUGCCAAAUUACAACAAGAAAUAGAAAUGAAAACAACAGCCGAACCUUGGACCAUGAAACGCAUCUUGAAGGAUCCAUGUCUAAAGCUUCCAUUGUUUUUAGUUUGUUUAUUACAGUUUGGACAACAAAUGAGUGGUAUAAAUGUCGUCUUCUACUAUUCAAAUUCUAUAUUUUUGCAUGCCGGACUCGGUGAAACUGGGGCAGAACUCGCUACUCUUGGAACCGGAGUGGCUAAUAUCGCGAUGGCUCUUAUAUCAGUACCAGUAAUGUCAUCUUUGAACAGAAGAGGUGUUCUACUCACCAGUACUUAUUUAUGUCUCGGAUGUUUAAUAAUUCUAUGCGUAUCUAUCCUGUUAAUUCAUGCAGCAACGUUCAUGCCAGCUAUAUGUACAAUAGCUGUACUGGCUUAUGUGAUUUUUUAUGGGAUUGGUCUUGGUCCAAUACCAUAUUUCAUUGGAUCUGAAUUAUUCGACGUUGGCCCAAGACCAAUAGCAAUGGCACUGGGUAGUGUCUUUAACUGGGGUGGAAAUUUCAUAGUAGGAAUGAUGUUUCCAACAGUUGAAACCAUUAUAGGGCCAUACACUUUUCUACUAUUUGCUGCAUUUCUUAUAUUCUUGGGCCAAAUUAUUAGGAUAUAUUUACCGGAAACGAGGGGAAGAUGUACAAUGGAUGUUGCUGCAUCCAUAAAUCAAGGCUUUAACUCUAGACCAAAUUCCAGGCGUAUGUUUUAAAUCAAACAAAAUUGGAAUAUGAAAAAUUUUUUCUACCACACUUUUUUAUAUUUAUAUAUAUAGAUAUAUUUUAUAUAUCUAUUUGAUUCAUUAAAUAGGCGAAUACGUGAACUUUGAAAUUAUAAAUAGAUAAAUUCAGAUCAGUCUGUAAAUGUACAUGUAAAUUUAUACAUAAAUAUAAAGACAAACAUUUUAAAUUAUCGCUAUAAAUUGAAAA